AUGCAGCAUACCAUUCUUUACACCAUCGUUACUCUUCUCGCCGCGGCUGGCCCAGCACUUUCCGCCGAUGAUAAUAAAACCAUGUGCUUCACUGACGUUGCUGGCGGCACCUUUCGCAAAGACAACGCCGUUGCCCUUGUGGCAGCCAUGCGCGUCACCCCCGACGAGGAGAAUGUCAUAUUUUCCUCGGACGCCAACUUUGACCUUGACGCCAGUGCUCAAACCUACUUUGCAAACCUGGAAUUUUUUGCGUUUAGCCGGGAGGCAACAAAUGCUGUGCUUGCAGACGCCUGUGAUAAAAUAAUUAAAGACUGUUGUCCCAGCCCCGGCCUAUGCUUGUAUCGAAGACAGUGGGGUUUGAGAAAAUUGGAGUCAUCUCAGGAACAAGCCUCUAUUGAAGGCGAUUAG